UAGGUCAGGAGAAUUAUAUAAAAGAUCCGGCCAUGAGUGCUCAGGCAUCAGUUGCUCAUCAAGUGCAAACCGACAUUAACCAAACUACACCAAAAUGAAAUUGAUUAUCCUCGUCGCUUUGGCACUUGCAGCAGUUGUUGCCGCCAACGAACCAGAGCCCCCGAAGAUUCUUCGCUCGGAAUUCGAUCAACAACCUGAGGGUAGCUAUGUCUUCGGGUUCGAAACAGAGGACGGCGUAUCACGUGAUGAAACUGGAGAGGUAAAAGAAGCUUUGGACGAAGAAAACAAACCUCACAGUGUGGUUGUAGUCCGCGGACAAUAUUCGUACACCGACCCCGACGGCAACCCGCAGGUCAUCAAAUACUACGCCGAUGAGACCGGCUACCACGCGGAGGGAGACUCCAUCCCCAAGGUGCCCUCCAGGAGAUAAACUCCUCCACACUGCACCACAUUGAUACCAUCGACUGUUUUAACUGCUAGCCAGAUUAACUGCCUUACUUAAGUAUGUUAAUAUGUUUUGUUAUUUUUUAAUAUCUUGAAAAUAAAGUCGACUUUAAACAUAA